AUGUCGUCGGUUUCUCCUGAUACUGAAAUAAAAACAAUUCAAGAAGUUUCGCAAGUCGUCAAUGGCAUCGGUUUUCAUCUCCAACAAUUGAACCUGUUUCUAAGCUUUUUCUCAAUUUUUAUCAACAUUUUUCAUUUGCUUAUCCUAUCUAGGAAACAUAUGAAAGCCACUUCCACGAAUAUAAUUUUGAUUGGUAUAUCAAUUAGUGAUAUCCUGAUUAUGUUGUCUACAGUAUACAAAAAUUACGGAAUGGUGGAUCGAGAGAACUCGGAUUGUAUGACUACUGAUUUUCGAUUCAAAAUUUAUAUGGAUAUUUUUGUUUGGGGAAUUAACACCUCCUUUCGAAGAUGUGGAUGCUGGUUGGGGGUUCUUAUGGCGACAGUGAGAUAUUUAAUUGUGAAAAAGGUCACUGUAAGCAGGUACGGUAACUGGUCGCAAGCCAGCGUUGGAUGGAUUAUGAUACUUGUUGUUUUUGUAGUCUCCGGACUACAAACUACCUUCUAUCAAUCUAGAUGGAUUGUUGUGGAAAAUCGAUUCGUGCCACUGCCACUUAUGUAG